AUGAAUUCCAUCUUCUCAAGCGUUCUUCCUGCUCCCGAAGACCCCAUUCUCAGUGUAUAUUUUGCUAGUAGAGAUGAUCCUAGUCCACAUAAGUUGAAUUUGAGCGGAGGUACCUAUCGAACUGAGGAAGGAAAGCCUCUUGUUCUUGAGGUGGUGAGAAGAGCAGAGAAGCAGUUAGCAAACGACAUUUCCCGGGACAAGGAAUAUCUUCCACUUGAUGGACUUGCUGAUUUCAACAAAUUAAGCGCUAAGCUUCUCUUAGGCGAUGAUAGUCCUGCAGUGAAAGAGAAAAGAGUUGUUACAAUACAAUGUUUGUCUGGUACUGGUGCUUUGAGAGUUGGAGCUGAGUUUCUAGCAAAAAACCACCAACAAAGUGUCAUUUACGUUUCAAAUCCAACUUGGAAUAACCAUCCCAAUAUUUUCAAUUUGGCUGGUUUGUCUGUGGAGUAUUUUCGUUACUAUGAUCCAAAAACCCGAGGACUCGACUUCAAAGGACUUCUCGAGGAUCUUGGCGCUGCACCAUCCGGAGCUAUAGUGGUUUUACAAGCUUGUGCACAUAACCCCACAGGAGUUGAUCCAACACUCGAACAAUGGGAACAUAUUCGACAAGUAGUGAGAUCUAAAAGAUUAUUACCCUUCUUUGAUAUUGCAUAUCAGGGUUUUGCUAGUGGAAGCCUUGACAAAGAUGCACAAGCGAUUCGUAUGUUUGUUGAUGAUGGAGGAGAAUGUUUGAUAGCUCAAAGUUUUGCCAAAAACAUGGGUCUUUAUGGGGAACGUAUUGGUGCUCUUACCAUUGUAUGUGAGUCAGAAGAAGUGGCCAAGAAAGUUCAAAGCCAAGUGCUAGUUGUUGUGAGGCCUAUGUAUCUUAGCCCACCUAUUCAUGGAGCAUCCAUUGUUACCACAAUUCUCAAAAACAGUGAAAUGUACAAGGACUGGACCAUUGAGCUUAAAGGAAUGGUUAACCGCAUACUUAGCACACGCCAACAGCUAUAUGAAGCUAUACAAGCAAGAGGCACACCUGGUGAUUGGAGUCAUGUUAUCAAACAGAUUGGGAUGUUUUCUUUUACAGGAUUGAAUGAGAAGCAAGUUCGCUUGAUAGCCAAAGAGUUUCACAUUUACAUGACCUUUAAUGGGAGGAUAAGCAUAGCAGGUCUAAGUUCGAAGACAGUUCCUCAGCUCGCUGAUGCUAUACAUGCUGCUGUUACUCGCAUUCCCUCCUAA